CCGCCCGUACCGCGCCGAGCCGAGCCACCCGAAGGAGGAAGCCCAAGGCCGCCCGAAAACGCUGCCAGGAAGGAAGCGGUCGGUUCGCCUCUCCCUCGGAGCCCUCAGCCAUUUUGUCUUCCAACUGCUUUGUUGACCAUCCGCCCGGUGGGACUUAGCUUUCAAAAUCUGUGUUGAUUCAAGCCAUCAAAGAAUCUAAACUGCUUAAGCGUGUGGGAUACAGAACCCGAAGUAACAGAAAAUUACAUACUCUUUGACUAAGAAGCUGCCCCUAUGCCAACGAAAGGACAUGUGGAAGGUGUAGCUUCGAGAUCAUCGUACCUCUUGAAUUGGGACUUUGAUAUGCACGUUUUCCUGGAAAUGCAGAUUAAAAAAAUGAAGGAGAUGGUCCCUCCAUUAUACGCCCAGCAAGCGAAUGACAGAAAUGAUUCCUCGACUACUUCGCCCAAACAGCCCAAGAGCGAAAAGGGAAAGCAGCCCAAUGGGCAGGAAGCCCAGAGUCUCUGUUACCCAGGAAACGAAGCGGAGGGUGGCCAGGUGUCAGCCGUGACGUGCGUGAAGUGCAGAAGCGUCCAUCAGAUUCCGACGACCGACUUGAAAAAGCAAAACAAGCAAAGCCAAAGUGCCGACCAGAAGUUUUAUGUCUGUAACCAGUGCAGUCUGCGUGUACCUCCACCCUUCCAUUUUGUGUCCGAUACCGCGGGUGCCAUUGAUGAAGGCAAUUUGGAGAAAGGUGCCCCGAGGAAAAAUGAAAAUAAGUUUCAAGUGAGGAACUUCCAGCCGGGAAAAUACUACUGUGAUAAGUGUCGAUUUUCCACCAAGGACCCCCUGCAGUAUAAAAAGCAUAUGAUUCAGCACGAAGAGAUUCAGUUCAUCUGUUCUCAUUGUAACCAUAUCUCCUACACAAAGGGAGAAUUCCAGAGGCAUUUGGUACAGCACACGGGGACUUUUCCUUAUCAGUGUGAAUACUGCAGCUACGGGGCUAUUAGAAACGAUUACAUCGUCAAGCAUACGAGACGGGUACACGAGGUUAACCACAAGCGGCAAUUAAAACCGAUCGGCAGCCCGGCGCGGAAGAGAGCCAGCUGGCCUCUGGGAGGCAAAGGGAUGCUCAGAGCUCAGAGCGGCCCGAAGGCAAACAAGCCGUUAGAUCCACCGUCAUCAGCGGGCCUGUCCCUCCGGGAGGGCCAAGUCGGCGCGGGGGAUCGGGCCGACUCCAGGGAACCCGCCAAAGAGACGGCGUCCGCUCCCGAGAGGGCCGGCGUACUAGACUCCACCGGAGAAACACUGUUUGAGGAUAGAAACGUGGAGGUGGAAGUUGUUUCUCCGGUCAAAGAGCCGGUCCUUCCGGGCAUGCCGUUAACCGUGGUAGCUCCGGCCGAACUCGUAGUCCCGGCCAAUUGUUUAGCACAGCUGUUGGACAUUAAGACGGUCAACGGGACCCAACAACUCAUUCUGAAGCUUAUUCCUCUGAGAGAGAAGAGUCCCUUGAAGCCUGCCCGUGGUCCUGCCCCCGAAAGGCCAAACUUACCUUCACCUCAAGCAUUCAGCGAACAGGAAAAGUCAGGCCCCGCUGCUCCGACCAAGCCACCGAGCCCUUCGGGGAGGGUCCGAGAACCAGCCGGCGGUGGGGACAAGAAACACGAGGGAUCGGGAAGCCUCGGAUCUUCCGAUCCCUGUCCGUCAGGUUGCAGCUCGGCAAACACGCAGGGCCGAGGCGAGCCCUGCCCCGGCCGUGAUCCCGGAGUGGCUUUGACGAGAGAGGCGAUUUCAGAGCCAGGAAGGCCAGAUGGUUUUCCCGUUUCCUUGAGGCCCCAUGAUGGGGGCAAUGGCAACAGCCCUCCUAAACUCUCUAACGGGAUAAAAGCAGAGAAAAGCACCCAGAGAAAAGCAGCUCUUCCCCUGGUUCCGUCUUCUGCUUCCCAUCAGGAAGAAGGGAAGAGGGCCAAGGAUCAGCCGACUCGGCCUGCGAAUGAGGGCCCAUCAACAGCCGCUGGUUCUCACCUGGGAGCGUCGCCAUCCGGCCAGGGUGGCGCAGGAUCCGGGACCGGGAACGACUUCCUCUUUAAAAUCCCGCCUUCUCAUCAGCAGUUGAAUGAAAAAGUGGCCGGGGAACCUCUGGAAACUUUGGUCCCGGGGCAGUAUUCCCACCUUAGCAAACUUGCUCUCGCCCCCAACGGCUCAACUCCGGUAGCCAGUGACAUAUCUCAAAUGCUCGAGACUCCGCCCGGGGAGUCCUCGGAACUGGAGAUUUCCGCUGGCCAUCCGAACUCUCCCGAGGGCCCCGUCAUCUCGUCGGUGUUUUCGCUCAGCACCGGAGAAGAAAACGUCCCCGAAGGCAUAAAGUGGGGCGAUCCCACUCAUAAAAGCAAGUCCGCGACUCUUUUGUGCGAAAAGAUUGCCCGGCUGAUUUCCGCGAGCGAGUCGGCGGCCAGGCCUAACUUCUGCCUCCCGACCGCCAAGCAGCAGCAGCAGCAGUCGGUUUCCGCGGAACCUCCGAGGAGCCGGUUGCCCGAAGUUCACGACGUUCCAGGUCCGGGGACCGAUUCCCCGUCCCCUCUGGAAAUGCAGGACGGCAGCGGUGCUGACGAGCAGUUCGUACAUGUGGCGGUGGGUCCACCCGAUAACGACGGCGAUGGAAAAUUCAACUUCAGGGGAAUGAAGAAGGCUCACAUCGCUACCCCGGUGUUUAUUCCCGAAGGAACGGUGCUGAGGGUCCUCAGCUGUGGUGAAAAGGCCCACGAAGUCGAGAGCAAGUCCCAGGAGUCCGUCAAUCCCUAUUGCAAGGAGACGCUGCUCCCGAGGCCCGUUCCGCUCAGUGCUUUGGAGAAGCCCGGCCCGGACUUCCCGUCUCUGCCGGGGGACGUUGAAUCGCCGGACAGGCCCAGGAACCUGAGAACGUUUGUGAGGAGCAAGGCGGUGAGAGCGGCGGCUCCCCACAGCCCCACCAGCAGACAGACCCCCACCCUGCCGCAUCCACCAAAGGGUAGCAACCCAAAUAAGUCCAGCAGACCGGCGGCCAAAGGGUCCCUGACUCCCCGAUACAAGUCAAAGCCGGGGAACCAAUCGAAGAAGAAAGCCAAGGGCCAGCUUCUGGGCGAGCGUCCGCCCGUCGUGGUGGCCAGGCAGCUGCGCCUGGUGCCCGCUAAGGUGGGUCAGCUGAUUAAGUGCCCCCGCCGCAACCAGCCGGUCAUCGUGCUCAACCACCCGGACGUGGACUCUCUGGAAGUGAUCAACGUGAUGAAGAUCAUCAACAAGUACAAGGGCAACGUCCUCAAAGUGGUCCUGUCGGAGAGGACCAGCCACCAGCUGGGCAUCAGGCGGAACCACAGACGGCUCACCUAUCGGAACCUGGAGGCGGCCAGCCCGGUGAAAAAGCAGAUCAAGCUAAAGAUGAAAUUGAAAAAAAUCCACAAGAACAACUACCAGGUAGUGGAUUCCUUACCUGAAGGGUCGUUGCAGUGUAUGUUUAAGUGUUGGUUUUGCGGGAGGUUGUAUGAAGAUCAAGAAGAGUGGAUGAGCCAUGGACAGCGCCACUUGAUAGAAGCCACCAGAGAUUGGGAUAUGCUUUCUCUUCCUCUGGAAGAUCCCAAGGGGUGAGCUGUCGUCGAAGCGAAUAAACAAAAGAUUGUACUUUGGCGUUCAAGGGGAUUUUUUUCUUUUUUUGUAAUGGAGCAUGGGAAUUUGUGGAUGGGUUAAAAAAAAAAAAAGAGAGAAAAAAGGCCAGGGAGGGUUUUGAAUGAAAGAAACUAAUCAUUUGCUCUUGGAAAGUAAAAUUCACUUUUGGACAGGGGAACGAACCAUCAGCACCUUUUCUCCUGGCAGGAAUAAAUAGAAUGACGUAAAAUGCCAUAUCCCCAUGAAUUUUUUAAAGGCCUACGGUCAGUCCGAUUUACUAGUUCAGAUAUCUGGUGGAGAACCAACUAGAGCACCUUGGGUUAUAAAUUAAUGGUAAUGGAUUUGCAACCUCCCCUCUCGAUAGCAGAGUGACCGUUGGCCUUCAGUGAUCUCUCCCCAUUCGGUUUGCCCCGAUCCUUGGAUCGUUCAUGCAAAAGUUGAUAGAAUACCCUGCCAGAUAUGAUUUUGGGGGAAAGGGAGAAGCUUUUCUUCUCAAGUGCCUCGUUUACUUUUUAGUGCCUGGUCUCAUGGUUCUUAGAUACUCUUGAUUUUAGCAAGUGCAGAGCCUUGGAUCUGUGAGUGGUAGUAGUAGCAACAGCGUUUAUUGAGCGCCCACUUGGUGUGGUGCCGUGUACUAGGCGCCUGUGAAGUACAUAAUAACAAAGCUCCGUAUCCUCAGGGAGCUUCCAUUCUUAAUAGGGGAGAGUGUGAACUACUAAUGUGAAAGCAAUGCUAAAUCGGUUUGGUUUUGGAGGGGGGAGGUGAGGAGGAAGGAUUAUGAAGGACCUUUCAGUUCCAUCUUUUUUUUUUAUAGGAGAUGCACCACUUGAAUGAGGAAUCCUGAAUUCUAAAAGCUGCAUUUGUUAAUGUUUGGAAUUUAGAAUGGAAAAUGUUCAGCCUGUACCUUGGCCCUCUGGUACAAACACCAUUUUUAAUGGAUUAUUUUACAGUUUCUCAUGUGAACAAGCGUGACCUGGAGUUUUUCCAUCUUAAGUUUACUGGUAAAGUAAUAACUUUUGGGUGUGCACCUAUGCGAUUAUACAUAUACAUACAGAAUUAUUUUUAAGGCACUACUUGUAAAGAAAGUACUGGGCGUCGCUGAUUUUUAAGGGCGACCCCUUUUAUAAGGAAAUCGGGUCAGAACUAUUUAAGUACGUUUUCUACUGUAGAGAUUACAUGCCAUAUUUAAUUCUAGAAGUGCAUUUUUGAUGAUGUGUUUGUUAACCCCAGUUUUAAGAACAAUGAAAGCACAAUUUGCUGUGGUUGGGAUUUGCCAUAGAAGGACAAAAACGUCUAGAAAUAGUUGCACCACAUUUCAUCGUGCGGUAUUUCAACAGUUGAUGUGCGCAGUAUUUUUCAGUUGAAGCUCCGAGGAGUAGGAUUUUGGAAUCGCCUGUCAUGUCCCACUGAGGCAAAGAGUUGCAAAUCUUAAAUGUGUUCAGAGUAAGUAUACACCGUCCCUGGGUACCAUUUUAAGCUAUGACUACUGAGUUAUUGAGAGAGGUUGUUUAGUCACUGGGGUUGAGUCGUGCACGCUCCAGAUUUUUGGUCCGUGCCUGGGCCUGAGAGGAGAGCAAACCGAUUUUUUUCUUAUUUUCUUU